CACGUUUUAACACGGGCUGGAAACCCUGUCUUGCCCUCUUCCUCUCGCUGUCCACAAGCAAGAUGCCUGGUGUCACAGUGAAAGACGUCAACCAGCAGGAGUUUGUCCGUGCCCUGUCAGCUUUCCUGAAGAAGUCAGGAAAGCUGAAGGUCCCAGAUUGGGUGGACAUUGUCAAGUUGGCCAAACACAAGGAGCUGGCCCCCAGCGAUGAGAACUGGUUCUACACAAGAGCUGCUUCCACAGUGCGCCACCUGUACCUGCGUGGGGGUGCCGGUGUGGGCUCCAUGACCAAGAUCUAUGGUGGUCGCCAGAGGAACGGUGUGUGCCCUGCCCACUUCAGUGUCGGUUCCAAAAACGUGGCCCGCAAGGUGCUGCAGGCCCUCGAGCUUCUCAAGAUGGUGGAGAAGAACCCCAACGGUGGUCGCAGACUAACCGCCCAGGGAACCAGAGAUCUGGACAGGAUUGCUGGCCAGGUUGCAGCUGCGAAGUUGCCCCCCAAGGCUGCCCCCACAGUUUAAUAAAUAUUUUUUGGAGAAGGUGUAA